AUGUCUGGAAUCGUGGGUGAAGAAGCAUUGAAACUUGCUCAAACUAUUUGGAAAACAAUGUGUAAAGGUAAAGGUUAUGAAAGAAAUUUACAGCAGGUAGUUAUUAAAUCUGCUGGACAGGGUGCAUGCGUUGCUGAAUUUCAAGUCGAAGAAGGAAUGACAAACAAAGGAGGAGGAUUACAUGGUGGUUGUACAGCAACAUUAAUCGAUUGUAUAUCAACAAUAGGUUUAAUGACGAGUAAAAAUUCAAGUCCUGGUGUAUCUAUUAAUCUUAGUGUAAAUUAUCUGAAGGGUGCCAAAGUUGGCGAAACAAUAGUUAUCGAUUCUAAAACAGUCAAGUCAGGCAAAACUUUAGCAUUUUUGGAAACAGUUCUUAAAAAAAAAGAUAAUAAUGAUGUAGUGGCUACAGGUUCCCAUAUAAAAUUUAUAGGAAGUUAA